AGACGCAUGCGUUUGUGUAUUUUGGAGGUUUUUGGUAACCUCAAAUAAUGUUGUAAUUAUUAUUUUAAAUAAAUUGUGAAAAAUACAAACGCCAAAAAUGGAUGAUUUACAACUGAAUAUACAAAUUGGGAAAAAAGUAAAACCUAAAUCUUUUACUGCAAAAAAUGCAGAAAAUGCAGGGGAAUACAAAUUUGUGCCAAAACCACAGUUUGCUGGGAAAACUAUAGCGAGAAAACGGCCACAACACUUAGUUGGCAAAAACAUUAAAUUAGAUGCACCACAAAGUAAGGUCCCCAAAUUAUCAGUACCAGACAAGAAUUCUACAAGCUUGGACAAACGAUUACAAGAUCUGAGCGAGAACAAAGGGAAGUAUCAAGGAAAAGACUAUCAGGAUUUGAAUGAUGAACUCCAAGUAAAACAAAAGUCCAAAAGCGGUACAUGGAUUUCUUCAUUAUUUAAAAAUAAUCCUGAAGUGCCUAAAAUUGGACAAAGGGCAGUGAAACCUUUGGUGGAAAAAGUGUUUGCUGGUAAAACUUUUACAGAUUUAAAUAUACAUCCCCACAGUGUAGCAAACUUACAACAGAAUUUGGGUCUUAAAGAAUUGAUGACAGUACAGCAAAAGGCGAUACCAGUAAUAUUACAGGGUCGUGAUGUGUUGAUCAGAUCACAGACUGGCUCGGGAAAGACCCUUGCUUAUGCAUUGCCAGUUAUAGAGGGCUUGCAAGCAAUUCGUCCUAAAAUAAAUAGGCACGAUGGCAUCCGAACAGUUGUAGUAGUCCCAACAAGAGAAUUGGCGGUGCAGACUUACGAGUUAUUUGUAAAGCUGGUUAAGCCAUUCACUUGGCUUGUACCUGGUCUAUUAAGUGGUGGACAGAAAAGAAAAGCUGAAAAGGCAAGACUAAGGAAAGGACUAAACAUAUUGAUUGGCACACCAGGUAGAAUUAAUGACCAUUUAAGACAUACCCAAUCUUUAAAUUUUGCUAAAACUGGAUGUCUAAUAUUAGAUGAAGCAGACAGGUUAUUAGAUAUGGGGUACGAAAAAGAUGUUGCAGCAAUUGUAAAAGCUAUAGAAGAUCAUAAGAAAGCAUCAACUUACAACCCUUUAGCUCUGAUGAAACAAAACAUGAAACAAAAUACUGAUGAUAUUUCUGAACCACAAGUUCCUAGUGAACAGGAAACAGAAAGUGACAUAAAGCAUAAACUAACUGAGGUAUUUCUAUCAAAGGAAAGGCAGACUAUAUUGUUAUCAGCAACUCUUACCAAGGCUGUUGAGAAUUUAGCAGGAAUUACCAUGGCGGAUCCUGUUUUUGUAGAUACUUCUGAAGGAAGAGCUGUUGUAGCAGAUUCAUUAAAAGAUAAGAAUGUUGUCAACAAUAAAAUGUUGGAAAAAAUUAAAGAAGAAAAUAAACCUAAACCUGAAAACUCUCCUGUAGAAGAAUCUGAGAUUAAUCAUAAUAAGACAUGUGACGAGAAGAAGGUAGAUAAAAGGAAAGGGUUGGUUGAAUUUAGUGGCCAGAAUCAUCGUGAUUUAUUUGACAUAAAAGCUGAAUCUACUCCUAUGGCAAAUAAUACAGAAGAUAGUGAUAGUGAUUCUGAUUACGAAUAUUUUAAAGUCCAAAAGCAGUUAGAAUCAAAGAAACCUGCAAUUGUGGAAGUAAAAGUUGAAGACAAAGAAGAACCUGCUACAGACAAUAAAGAAAGCAUCUUUCAUAAAGCUGUAAAAUCAGCCAUAGUUGAAGAUGAAUUAGUACUACCAGCAAGUGUAAAUCAAACAUUCCUGAUAGUGCCAAUGAAGUUAAGAUUAGUAACACUUUGCUCUCUAAUUAUUGAACAUUGUGUUUUAAAUAAGAAAGGAGGUAAAAUGAUAGUAUUCAUGGCAACAUUAGAAAUGGUAGACUAUCAUUCAGAGUUGAUAGAAUCUGUAUUGACCGGAGAUAAAGUAAAAGUUAAAAAAAAGAAUGGGCAAGGGAAAAAAGCCGUUGGUACAAAGAGAAAAGCUGAUGAUGAUAACAAUGAAAGUGAUUCAAAUAGUUCAGAUUCAGAUUAUAAAGUAGAUUAUAAUAACCAAGAGGAAGGAGGGUUGGUGCCAGUCGAUUUAGAAAUGUUCAGUCUCCACGGUUCUAUGCCGCACGAACAGAGAAUGGAAGUCUUCAAACAAUUUAGAGCGGCACGGAAUGGCGUACUCAUUUGCACGGAUGUGGCAGCUCGUGGCUUGGACGUACCUAGAGUUGAUUUGGUGCUUCAGUAUUGUGCCCCAGCAUCAGCUACCGACUAUGUUCACAGAGUGGGCAGAACAGGACGCGCUGCUCAAGUUGGCGCUGCAGUCAUGUUCUUGUUGCCCAGUGAGGCGGAAUUCGUCAGGCAUUUGGAACAGAAACGAAUCAGAUUACGCCAGUCGGACGAGUCAAAAGUUCUGGAACCGCUGCGUAGUGUCGCUCCCACUGCAGCUAAUGCAGCCCGCGCUGCCAUCGCGGUGCAGUCCAAGUUGGAGUAUACCGCUCACAGCUCUAAAGAAUGGCUCGCGCGUGCUAGUAGAGCUUAUACGUCAUGGGUAAGAUUUUACUCGGGCUACCCUCGCGAGGUGCGUCAAUGGCUGGAUGCAAAGCAGCUUCAUCUUGGUCACGCUGCUAAAGCGUUCGCCUUGCGUGACACACCCGCUGUAUUAGCAAGGAGAGUUAAAAAUUUACCUAAUAUGAAGGAGAAACCGACCAAUAGACUCACGGUGCAUAUAGACGAAGAGAAGAAGAGGCCUGGCUUUCCGAGGAUGAAGAUUGGUGGUUACGGAAGCAACGUUACAAAAAAGCAAUGUUCAAUGCACACAGCCAGCGAGUACGAUAGUGGCCUGCCGCCGUUGGAGCAAGUCCAAAAACAAAAGAAGAGGAAAAACAAAUGAUCCCCUGUGAAGAUAUAACGCAAAAACAUUAUUGAUUGUUAAUAAAAUGACUUUACUUUU